AUGUCCUAUUCGUCUCUCAGCCGUGAAGAAUAUCUUGCAGCAUGGGCACAGGACGUGCGGGCUGCACUCCAGCCAUCAUCCGGUCCAGCCCAGACGGUGGCACCUACUCUAGCCAGCACAUCCCCUGUAAAUCUACGGUUCCACUCCUCCCAUACUACUAGCAGCCUCGUUUCGAGAGUUAGUGCCUCGGUUCCUAGCCACCAACAAGUUGACCACCAGCCGGUUGGUAUGGACGUACAGAUCGGCGAGUCCAGUGCCCAUGGCACACAUGGUGAUGUCGAUGAGACUAUACAAUCAGACGAUAUAGAGAGUGGCCAUAUGGAAGAUGAAGACGCUCACUCGGUGGAUUCAGAUCUACCAAUGUCCAUUUGCCCCCCAAUAGAGGAUGGUAGGCUGAAUGAUGACCGGGAUGACGCGUCAUCCGAGGCUACAUAUCGUGGGGAGGAUAGGACAAGGUCAGUACUGGAGAUGGAUGAUGCAGAGCGGCCGGGUCCACAUAUACGAUCUCACUCUCGCAAGUCCGAGACUGCAAUGUCGAUAUCUCACAUUGAUGAUAUCAACCAAGAGGAGGUGGCUACGGAGCCCGACCACGUCCACCGAAAUUGCCCCAGUGUACGAUUAGGAGUCGAUGUCAGUCGAUUUGAGUCGACGGCAACCCUAUGUACGAUACCGCUCAACUUUCCAAUCACUACCCCCAUCUCCGCUGUCGGCAUAGAAUUCGAUGAUUUGGACCCACCAAAAGUGGAUGAGCGCGAAGACAGUGUCCCUUUGUUAUCCCUUUCCGCACACAACAACACAGAAAAGCAAGGGGCGGCUACUAGACUAAGCCUCCCUUUAGGAGGCACCACAGCACAAACAAUCCCAACCCCUUGCCUUGAGGUAGAAGAGGACGACGAGGGAUACAUCUAUGAGCGCCCAAACCAUACAAGGCGCCGAGCUGAAUCUGAUGAUGAGCACAAGGAGAGGGACGAACGCCCCACGAAGCGUACCCGCUUCCAAGAUUCGGAAAAUGAGGAGAUGGUGUCACAACUCCCCAACCCUGAUCGGGUUCACAUCAAGCGGUCGUGCGGGAGACGUACGCAAGGGGUCGUUAGACGGCGUUGA